UGCUGUACCCAUGGCAUCCCGCUCAAGCCGAGCAGGUCAGCAGCAUCAAGGCCAUACAGUGGCUGUCCUUUCACCGAUAGUAGAUCAACACGAACGCACGUACGGAAAUGAGCAAACUAGCAUCAUGGAUUGCCGCUGGGCACAGGGCUAUUGCGGUAGUGGAUGCGCAGAUAGCUGAGGAGCCGGCCUCUCAAGCCCGUCAGGGGGGCAGCGUUAUAUCUCCUUUGGCCAGCGUCUCUGACUAUCGGGCGCUUGCGGCAACCCAUCGAUAUUGGCGCCAUUCCUUUAAGCAGGGAAGUCUUGCAGGACGUCGGCAUCGAUUUGUGCGGGAGUUCAGCGAUCGUAUUCACCGAGCUUAUGAUGUGGCUAGUCAGCUGAAACCACAAGCAACGGCCGCGGACUUGCGUGAACCGCUGGUGCAUCUUCAAACGGCUCUAGAGGUGCUAGGUUCGAUCAAAAUCUACGAUGAUGAAACACCUAUUACCUCUAGAGAGCUGCCUCCAAGGCUGCUCCAGGAUCCGAGCAAGCCAUCCGCGGAAGCUAUAUGGUUGCAUAUGAAGCUGGACUACACAAAACACUGUCUCGUUCUGUUGGUACGAGUUUUAAUGCAUGUGCUUCCAGACUAUACCGAAUGCUGGGCUGAGUCGAAGCAGGCGUUUCUUAGAAAAGAUUGGUAUACCAUGUUCUCUUUUGAAACAGAACAGGUAAUAAGCAAGACAUCUAUGCCCUGUUCUAGACUCAGAGACAUGGGUGGGGCAAUUUCGUUACGGAUUCCGGGAACCGGUGAUGGAAGCAGCGGAUCGGGUGAUUAUUGAUUUGCAAAUGCCAAUAUUGUUUUCCUUCUAGUGUAGAAAAUGCAGGCAAUAGUGGCAGGAAUCACCUCAUCGAGCGGAGGCAUGACAAUUGCAGUGUGAUUGAUUCAAAGGCUCAGUCUAAGGCGAAGGUAUGCCUCUUAUCAGAUGGCAAGGUGUACAUGAUAAAACCAGCGUGUCGAGAGGUAAGGUAGUUUUAGCGCUACC